AUGAAACGUGUGACUGAACCUGUCAGAAAGAGUUUGCUGGACGUGGUGAAGAAAAAUCUUCGAGCUGCUGGAAAGAUUACGUACUUAACUCGUAUGGUAAAUAUCGGGAUGUAUGGUGGUAGUGAUGCUAAUUUGGAAAAGAAAAUAGAAUCUAUAAUACACGAUUUACAAGCAGAAUACACUCAGGUGCCUAUCACUGGAUUACUCCUUGUUUAUCCACAAUAUUAUGUGCACGUGUUAGAAGCGUCGGAUGAGAUUAUUUACAAGCAAUUCAAGAUGUUAUACGGUCAUCAUGACUUUGAUCUUGGUAGAUCAAUUUUUCUUCCAUCUCAUCAUCAUGCUCAUCAGAGAUUUUUCACGGAAUGGUUUUAUAUAUACGCAAUUCCACCCUCGUUAUUCGAUAUCCCAAGAUCGUACGAAUUGGACGAUAUUAAAGGGCAAGUGAACAAUUGUCUCAAGAAGGUGUAUCGAUUCUGCGAUAGCAUUUCGAAUGCGGCUCAUGACUCUUUAAUUCCGAUGCAAGACGUGGUAAGCAACAUGGGAGACGCGGUUACACGAGUUUUACCCGAAAGCACUGUGAUAGAAUAUCUGUUGAACGUGAAAACUACAAUUCUUUUGUCUGUUGAAGAGUACCUUCAAACGCAUUCCAAAGUUCCAUUCAUUAAUUUAUAUCAAGAUAGCAUCUGGCCGCCACCCUACGAUUUCAUGUUCGGCGACGGUUGCGAGAAAGACGUUCUUCGAAUCGUCGAUUCGUCGGUACCCAAGCACUAG